AAAAAAUGUCCAAAAUUUAUUUAUUUUAUUAGGGUAUAAUAACGACAUCUGAUUAGAGUAAACAAAAUAGCUGCAAAGCGGGAUUUGAAACUCUGUCCAUAACACUUUAAUUAUCAUUAAUCAAUAACAAGCAUUAUCAGUAUUCAGUAGCAGCAAAGAUGAUAACGUUAAUUAUACUAUCAUGCAAUUAAGUUAACUAAUUAAUUGACAUCUUGUUUUAUUUAAAUUUUAUUUCCAUUAUCUUCCAACAUUGAGUUUCUGUCACUAUAAAAAACCACCACUCUCUCUUCUUCUCUGCAACACAUAACCCACUCACAGAGAAACCCAAAAACCUAGAAAGCUCUAGAGAGAAAAAGAGAGAGAGAGAGGAAAUCGGAGAUGGAAGGCAAAGAAGAAGAUGUUAGAGUCGGAGCUAACAAGUUUCCGGAGAGGCAACCUAUCGGAACUUCUGCUCAGAGCGACAAGGACUACAAGGAGCCACCACCUGCGCCGUUGUUCGAGCCCGGCGAGAUUGCUUCGUGGUCAUUCUGGAGAGCUGGAAUCGCUGAGUUCAUCGCUACGUUUUUGUUCCUGUACAUCACUGUUUUGACUGUUAUGGGUGUGAAGAGGUCACCGAACAUGUGUGCUUCCGUCGGAAUCCAAGGAAUCGCUUGGGCUUUCGGUGGUAUGAUCUUCGCUCUCGUCUACUGCACCGCUGGUAUCUCCGGUGGACACAUCAACCCAGCGGUUACGUUCGGUUUGUUCUUAGCCAGGAAGCUUUCGCUCACACGAGCUGUGUACUACAUAGUGAUGCAGUGCUUAGGAGCUAUCUGUGGAGCUGGUGUGGUCAAGGGGUUCCAGCCAAAGCAAUACCAGGCUUUGGGAGGUGGAGCCAACACCAUAGCUCAUGGUUACACAAAAGGAAGUGGUCUUGGAGCUGAGAUUAUUGGAACCUUUGUCCUUGUUUACACCGUCUUCUCAGCCACUGAUGCCAAGAGAAACGCUCGUGACUCUCAUGUUCCUAUUCUAGCACCGCUCCCAAUCGGAUUCGCUGUGUUCUUGGUUCACUUAGCAACCAUCCCCAUCACUGGAACCGGAAUCAACCCAGCAAGAAGUCUUGGAGCUGCAAUCAUUUUCAACAAGGACAACGCCUGGGACGACCAUUGGGUCUUUUGGGUUGGACCAUUCAUUGGUGCUGCGCUUGCUGCUCUCUACCACGUUAUAGUCAUCAGAGCCAUCCCAUUCAAGUCCAGAAGCUAAGCUGAUUGAGUUCUUGUUUUAAAUCUGGCUUUCGUUCUUAGUUUGCUUUUUUUUUUUUUUUUUUUUUUUUUUGUGAAUCUGCUACCUGUGUGUGCCGUGUGUAUCUGUUGUUCUCCUCUUCUUUGCCUAAUGGAGACUUAUGUAAAACAAAGAUAUUCCCCAGAAACAUCUGUAAUAUUUCUUCUCCAUUUAUCAAAGGAUUUCUAUAAUUGGCACA